AUGUAUGAGAGCCAUGUCAACUUAUACAAGUCGACCAUGGCUCCCAUAGUAUUUGCGGUAGCCACUACAGACAGGCCUGUCCUGUCUGCAACUGCCCGUCCUCGUCGCCGAUUCGACCACCAAAUGCAGACUUUGGUGACACCUAUCGCCACUUCCUCUGGCGUAGCACACUGCCUUUUCCAAGUGGAUCUGGCCCAGCGUUCCCCUCCUCAAAGCCGCACACUAGAUGCGCCCAGGCUGCGCAGUGCAGCGGAAGGUCUUCGGCAGGUGCUCCGACACACCUACCGGCUACUGAAUAAGCGGGACUGGAAGUUAUUCAAUUUAGCACCGGAGAUUGGAGAACACGUGGGGAUGUCUGGUACAGAUCUCGCCCUGGCUAAUCUCUUAAGAUUUCCCUCAGGAUGUACUCCCACCCUCACCUCUACUUCCUAUUUAACUCCUGUCCUGGACCCUCCACGUCUCAGAAAUGUCUCCGAUUCCGUCGUUGGUACUCAUCAUCCUCCUCACCCUCCAGUUGCAGCGGAUCUGCUGCGAGGAGAGAAGGACGGACGUGAUGCGGGCUGUGCUGAGCGGGCCGGCGGAGCCCGGGUUCUGGCCGAGCCGGGGGCGGCGGAGCGAGAGCUCCAGCGAGGAAGAGCCACCUCCGUUCUGGGCCCACCGCGGGCGGGGCCUGAGCAGCCCCUGCCCCGAGGGCGACCUCAACAGGUACCUGCUGCUCCACCAGGAGGAGCCCCUCUGGCUCACUGCCCGCAGGAAGAGGUCACAAAACCACUGAAUGCUAUCUCUCUAAAUUAUAGCUGUCUAAUUAAAUAAAAUAUAU